AUGGACCCCGUUAGCAUUUUCGGAGCUGUGGCUGGAUGUGUCCAGCUGUUGGAUGCAUCAAUCAAAACCUCCAAAAAGUGUCGUUCGCUAAUCAGCACCUUCCGCCACGCCGAAGAGUCCAUCGAGCAUCUGGAUCGAGCAAUGGACGAAGCCGAAAAACUCAUGAUUGACCUACAUACAUUUGCAAUGGCUGCUCAACAAAUCCCCCCCGAUCAAAUAAAUCAAUAUGGCCAUGUUCUAACAAGUUCCCUUGGCCAAAUCGCUUGGAAUUAUUCGAACGAUUUGAAGUGUCUAGCUAAUCUGCUACCUUCGCCGUCUUCUAUAAGUUUCAAGGGAAGGUUCAACUUCUGUCGGGACCAAAAAGGGAUCAACAAUAUCAUACUUCGACUGGAGCAGCGAAAGACUGCAGCCACUUUGGCGCUGGGGGUACUUGGACGAGUUGAAGACUUAAAAAAACAUGCUAUAAGUCUAGAACUCGAAAAGAGCAUGCGGGAAUUGUGUUUAGAACAGUCACGUCUAUCGGAAGAGUUAGCGAGGACUGUGGUUGCUGGCACAGAGCAGGGUAGAAAGACCGCGUCAACACUUCUCCAAAUCCAGAGAGAUGUGGAAUUAUGUAGCACAGAACUCCAAACCUCUCUUGCCUCCAUGGAAACAAUAGCAGCAACUCGCUACAGUCAGCUCGCCACCAAAUCACAGAUUACAACGAUCGCAGCCAGCAGUGUGAAUCAACUUGGAAAAAUUGUCAGGUUGGAACUGAAGAGACAACUCGAGCCGUUGAGAAGUCGAUUGGACAUCACUGAUAAGAUGAUUGACGAGCUUGCUACAGAGGUUGCCACUCAUUCACGCGACCAGAACGUUUUUGAAAGCCACAAGCCCAAACAAGGGACUCAGAGACAUUCACCAGACCAGAGUUUAGAGAAUACUUAG